GCAUUGACUUGCGCACGUUACGCUGUCGUCGUUUCCCCCUACCACGCCACCUCCAUGUUCCGGGGGGGAGGCGAACGCGUCCCGCGAGUCCCACGGCCCACCUCAACUCCUAUAAAAACUGCGUUCGGAUUGGAUCUCGCCGUCUCGCUUCCUGGUCAAAUUGUUCGCUAAUAAGCAUCGAUCGAAGGCGAGGCCAGCCAGCCAGCCGGGGCGCCGGGGGAGCUGGGGAAGAUGGUGCAGGGGACGCUCGAGGUGCUGCUCGUCGGAGCCAAGGGCCUCGAGAACACCGACUACCUGUGCAACAUGGACCCGUACGCGGUUCUCAAAUGCCGCUCGCAGGAGCAGAAGAGCAGCGUUGCGUCAGGUAAAGGAUCUGACCCUGAAUGGAACGAAACCUUUAUGUUCAGCGUCACUCACAACGCUACAGAGCUCAUCAUCAAGUUGAUGGACAGUGACAGUGGCACGGAUGAUGAUUUUGUUGGAGAAGCAACGAUUUCUUUGGAAGCAAUCUAUACAGAAGGAAGCAUACCCCCAACUGUUUAUAAUGUUGUGAAAGAAGAAGAAUACCGUGGAGAAAUCAAAGUGGGCCUGACGUUCACUCCAGAGGAUGAUCGCGAUCGGGGUUUAUCUGAGGAAGACAUUGGUGGAUGGAAGCAGUCAUCUUGAGGAAGAAGCAGAUACUUUGAUGUCGCACUGCAUCGCUAUGGUAAGUCGUGUGCUGGAAGCCUGGAACAAAGCCUAUUGAAAAGAGCAGUCUUGUAGAAAUACUUCUCAUGAUUUUCUAAAAGUUGUAAUAAUAGUGUUCGCCAAUAUGCUCUAUAUGUAAGGACCUUGCUUUGAUGCCCACUAAACUGUAAUAACUAUGGCAAGUUAUGAUGCAACAGAAGUGCUAUAAUCCUUUAUGUGAUCGUAAUUUCAUUGA